AAAACGUAUCAAGCUGCAUCCUUAAGGUCUGUGCAUCUAUUCUAUGUAAAUAUACCUACAAAACAAAAAAUGGGUUUCUGGGAGGAAGACGCCAGUAGGGGGCGUGCGAGAUCUGUAGCUCAAGGAGAGGUGUUUGAGUUUUGAAAGUGAAAGGCAAGUUUCUGAAAGCAUCCGGAACCGGGAAAUAAGAUGAAGUUGCCUUUUACAUUGUGGGUGCUCCUGGUUGUGCCUCCCCUCCCACCUUCUGGAUCCUCCUUUCAGCCACAGAGCCAGAGAGAGUAUUUCCUGAACAUUCCAUAUGCCAUGCUCUGAGUAUGACCUCAUUUAGUCCACACAGCAAUCCAGUCGUGUCAACUAGAUCCUAUGGUUCUCCCCACUUCUUACCAAAGGACUCAGAGAGGAAAUUACAAGUCCAGAGUCACAGCCAGCAGGGGGCCAACCUUGGACUCAAGCCCAGCUUUCCCAUCAGAUCAAGUCGGGGGCCAGAAAGGUCCAGUCCUCUCUGCGUGGGCCCCCUCUGGUCACACAGCCCUGCAGCUGCCCCUUCCUUACCCCCCGGGAUGACGCGCCACGGCAAGAACUGCACGGCGGGGGCUGUCUACACCUACCAUGAGAAGAAGAAGGACACAGCGGCCUCAGGCUACGGCACCCAGAACAUUCGACUGAGCCGGGAUGCCGUCAAGGACUUCGAUUGCUGCUGCCUCUCUCUGCAGCCGUGCCAUGACCCUGUUGUUACCCCCGAUGGCUACCUGUAUGAGCGGGAGGCAAUCCUGGAGUACAUUUUGCACCAGAAGAAGGAGAUCGCCCGGCAGAUGAAGGCCUACGAGAAGCAGCGGGGCGCCCGGCGUGAGGAGCAGAAGGGGCUGCGGCGGGCGGCCGCGCAGGACCAGGUGCGGGGCUUCCUGGAGAAGGAGGCGGCCAUCGUGAGCCGGCCCCUCAACCCCUUCACGCCCAAGGCUGCCUCCGGGAACUGCCCAGAUGGUGCCCGACCCGGGUCCAGCGCGGGCCCCACAGGCAAGGACAAGGACAAAGCGCUGCCCAGCUUCUGGAUCCCAUCGCUGACCCCCGAGGCCAAGGCCACCAAGCUGGAGAAGCCGUCGCGCAUUGUGACCUGCCCCAUGUCCGGGAAGCCGCUGCGCAUGUCCGACCUGACGCCCGUGCGCUUCACGCCGCUCGACAGCUCCGUGGACCGCGUGGGGCUCAUCACGCGCAGCGAGCGCUACGUGUGUGCCGUGACCCGCGACAGCCUGAGCAACGCCACACCGUGCGCCGUCCUGCGGCCCUCUGGGGCCGUGGUCACCGUGGAGUGCGUGGAGAAGCUGAUUCGCAAGGACAUGGUGGACCCCGUGACCGGAGAGAAGCUCACGGACCGCGACAUCAUCGUGCUGCAGCGGGGCGGCACGGGCUUCGCGGGCUCCGGAGUGAAGCUGCAGGCCGAGAAGUCCCGGCCGGUGAUGCAGGCCUGAGCGCGCGGUAAACCAAAUAAAUGGGCUUGUUGGACGCGACAGGCCGUGUGGCGCCUUCAUUCACCGCGCCAGAGCCCGGUGACAGCGUGAGCUCAGGAAUGACUGCGCUUUGAAAGCGUGGGCUAAAAAUAUUUGAUGUGGUCUCACGUUAAGGGUAAUAUCUGAAUCGAAUGCAAACGCACAGCUUUAAAUGGGUUGAGUGGCCAGAGGUCGGAGUCUGGGCCGCGACCACAGGAGGGCGCCACUUUAACGGACUGUAGAAAUCCCCGCACUUUCUUUUGAGUUAAACCAAAUUUGAAGCCCAGGAGGCGACCUGGAACGCGUCUCCCGUUGUAAAGUUUGAUAAGACACGCAAAGAAAAUGAAGUGCUGUGUGUGACUGAGAAAGCGAACAGCCGGCACCCUGUCUAGAGAAGGCGGUCAGGAACACUCCCUCCCCCACCACCUGGAGGCUGGAGGGUGAAGAGGAAGAGGAAACCGCAAGUGCAAAGUCCCAGAGGCAGCACUUGGCAGGUGUGAAGAGGGAGGAGUUCAGAGCACCCAGGCCUAGUGGACCUGCCUGGAGCUCAGACUUGACUAGGAGGGCAGGGGUGGCCUUUAAAGCUAUGUUUUUAAUAACCAUUGAAUCACAAAAGCAGACCCUGUGCAGUGUGGAGAACCAGAGCAUACAGUCAAGCAAAGAUUGCAAAAAUAAAGUCUUAAAAGUCCUGAC